AUGGCGACUUCGACGCGCGCGGCGACGUCGAGCGUCCGCGUCGUCACCCCGCGCGCGCGAUGCGACCGCGUCCUCCGCUCGCGAUCGCGCGCGCGAUCGCGCGCGCUCGCGCGCUCGCGCGUCGUCGUCGCGCGCGCGGCCGCGGACGACGCCGCGGACGAUGAGACCCCCGCCGCGGGCGCGGGCGACGAAGACGCGAGGGUCAUCGUCAUAACGUCGGGAAAGGGCGGCGUCGGGAAGACGACGACGUCCGCGAACCUCGGGAUGUCGAUCGCGCGCCUGGGCUACCGCGUCUGCCUCGUCGACGCGGACAUCGGCCUUCGAAACCUCGACUUGCUCCUCGGCCUGGAGAACAGGGUGAUGUACACCGCGAUGGAGGUGCUCGAAGGGGAGUGCCGAAUGGAACAGGCGCUGAUUCGAGACAAGCGGUGGCGAUCGCUCGCGCUGCUGCCGAUCAGCAAGAACCGACAAAAGUACAACGUCACGAAGGACAGCAUGAACUUGCUCAUCGACAUCCUGAAGGACAUGAACUUCCAGUACAUCUUCAUCGACUGCCCGGCGGGGAUCGACGUCGGCUUCAUCAACGCCAUCGCCGGCGCCAACGAGAGCAUCAUCGUGACGACGCCGGAGAUCACGGCGAUCCGCGACGCGGACAGAGUCGCGGGGUUAUUAGAAGCCAACGGUCUGUACGACGUGAAGCUCAUCGUGAACCGCGUGCGCGCGGACAUGAUCAAGAAGAACGACAUGAUGAGCGUGAAGGACGUUCAGGAGAUGCUCGGGGUGCCGCUGUUGGGAGCGAUUCCGGAGGACACGGAGGUGAUCGUGUCGACGAACCGAGGCGAGCCGCUCGUGUUGAAGAAGAAGCUCACGCUCGCGGGGAUUGCGUACGAGAACGCCGCGCGACGGGUCGUCGGGAAGGAGGACUUCAUGAUCGACCUGGAUCAGCCGAAGAAGGGGAUCUUUCAGAGGAUCGGGGAUUUUUUCACGGGGGGGGAGGAGUGA